AUGGCACUGGUGCCACCGUCCAUUGCUUCGCUUCGAGUUGGUCUUGCUAGUGGUUCCAAGGAACGUUUGACACUGCUUGAACAAAUCGGGAUGCAACCUACAGUGCGAAUAUCGAAUUACGAUGAAAACCUGAACAAAGACCUAGUCAUUGAUGAAUUCGUACGUGAGAUAGCACAUAUCAAGGCAGCGACGAUUGCAAAACUUAUGGAUACCAAAGAUUACGAUGUGAUUAUUGGUUGUGUCACGGUAGUCCUGUUUGACAACGAUAUUAUCGGCAAGCCGGUUGAUGAACAGGAUGCCCGAGCCACCCUUCAGAGUGGUCGGGCCGGUUCUUAUGGUAUUCAAGCCUGUGGAGGGAUAUUUGUCGAAAAGAUUGAUGGUUGCUAUUAUAAUGCUGUUGGAUCACCAAUAAAUCGAUUAAUGAGAGUUCCCUGGAAAAGGGUGAUCUGA